AUGAAAUCGUCUUCAGUGAAGUCUUUGUCUUCUGUGAUAGCAAUGGCCUUGGCCUCCAACCGGCUCAAAAAGAUAUUCAACCCUGCAUUACUUCUUCGCCAGAGCGUCGCCCUGAUUUUCGUUGCCGGCUUUCCACCGUACGCCAUGGCGACCAAUGCACCUCUUUUGGGCAAUCAGGGUAAGAAGGGCCACUCGAAGGCUUCGAUCUUCUACGGAGCGGAUGAAUACUUAUCGGAGCUCAAAAAAAAUAUGCCCACGAUCACGAAAUUGCGGCGACGAAGAACUUGCUUCCGGGUGAGGCUGACCCCAAUGCCGCAGGGGUAG